AUGUCCAACUCUAGCAUAUCGUCGCCCAACGGUAUCUCGCAAGAUGAAGAAAAGGCCAUGCAGGACCCUGUAUCCGAAAGCCCAGCUCUAGACUCAACUCUCCCGCCAGAAGGCGGCCUUCGAGGUUGGCUCUGUUGUGCCGGCGCAUCCUUGGGUCUGUUUGCUACAUUGGGUUUCUUGAACGCGUUGAGUCCUUCCUUCUGCGAAGAAAAAUCUUUGAGCGGCCAGUUUUCUGACAUUAGAAUAGCAUUGCUCGCUCUCAUAUGGGCUCCCGGUUCCCUGUUCGGCCGCAUUGUAGAUACCUACGGACCGCGUCCGGUCAUACUCCCCUGUGCCUUUCUUUGCGUCUUUUCACUUUGCAUGACGAGUCUCAGCACCAAAUACUAUCAGAUCAUUCUGGCGCAAGGAAUUGGUUAUGGGCUCGGGGCUGGGGGUAUUUUCACCACCAGUUUGGUUUGCGUGGGCCAGUGGUUUGUCAAGCAGCGAGGUCUUGCCAUAGGGGUCACUGUUGCGGGUAGUAGUAUUGGGGGUGUGAUAUUCCCAUUCUUCCUGCAACUAGUUAUGGAAGACGUGGGAUUUCCUGGCAUGGUACGCUACACGGCUUUAUUCAUAGGUAUCGCCUUAAUCGGCGCCUUCUUUCUUCUCACUGCGCGCCUGCCUCCCAAGAAAUGGAACUCAGACAUGACAUGGUUUGACCUUAAGCUUUUCAAGAACCGAGGCUUUGCUUUCUAUGCUUUGGGUUCAUAUUUUGUCAUGUGGGGAUUAUGGGCKCCGUUCGAUUUUCUGCCUAGCAUGGCCCAAUUAUCGGGGAUGUCAGAUUCGCUCGCCCUCUAUCUGAUCGCUAUUGUGAACGGUGCUUCACUUUUCGGACGAAUCAUCCCCGGACACAUUGGUGACAAGGUGGGAUACUUUAACGUCAUUGUCGCUUCCGCCUUUUUCAGUUGCAUUGCGAUCCUCUGUUUGUGGCUGCCUUUUGACUAUCAUUCUUCAAAUGCCGGUCUUAUUGUAUUUGCCGUGGCUUACGGCUUUUUCAGCGGUGCUUUUGUUAGCAUCAUGAUGCCAUGUUGCGCAAAGUCUGGCAGCCUGGAGACCCUGGGUAGACAGAUUGGUACCUAUCAGGGUGUUAUAGCUAUUUCCACUCUGACUGGCCUACCGAUCAUGGGAGCCAUCUUGGGAAGGGAGCACGAUUCAACCUACAUGGGAAUGCAAGUCUUCGCCAUUGUGAGCAUGUUUCUGGGUUUUGUAUUUCUCUUGGUAUCUCGAAACGUCCUAGCUGCAGCUCAUGGAACAUGGAAAUACUGA